ACGUGACUUGUCCCCCCAAAUAAAAUGAACUGUUCCAAACAAGCUUUGAGGAUUCUGAAACAGGCAGGCAAGCACUGCUAGCAGCCAGUCGCCAAUCGGUCACCGUAUUAAGAGGUAGAACAUAAUGUGUCAGAAUUUUCUUUUCAUGAAUUUGAGUGUAAAGUUGUUCAUUUAUUGUGAAAACGCAAUAUUAUUGUUAAAAAGUAGUAUUGUGCCUGUGGAAAGCUGUUUUAUUGAAAAAUUCAACUCAGAAGUGGCUUUUUCGAGCCGCCCAAAUGUAAUUUGAAAUGAAACGUUUGCGCGUGGAUGAGACCGUGAAAGAAGGAAACGAACCUCCUUUGUCUGGCGGCGGUAUCGGUCAGGGCGGUGCCCUCUAUCGUCAAUCGCUGUCCAAUGUGGUAACUGCGUCUUUAUAUUCGGCGAACAGUCCCGCGAAUACCGUGAAAGUAGUGAGCGAAGGCAUGCAAUCUGGACUAUAUCCUCCCGCUCCGCCGGUCAGCUAUGGCCAUUCGUUACCGUCGGCCACCGCGCCGCAUUCUCUUAAACCACCGACGAUGUCCAUCCCAAUCGGCGGACAUUCCCAGUUACGCACUGCCGGCGGUUCACCUUCUGGGGCUGGACUCCAAGAAUCUGCGCAACAACAAUCGUCUAAUACCACAAAUUUCCAACGGUUGAAGGUCGAAGAUGCACUUUCGUAUCUGGAUCUGGUCAAGUACAAAUUCGGAUCGAAACCGCAAGUUUACAACGAUUUUUUGGACAUUAUGAAGGAGUUUAAGAGUCAGAGUAUUGACACCCCGGGUGUUAUAACUAGAGUGUCGAAUCUGUUUAAAGGAUUUCCCGAAUUGAUCGUCGGUUUCAAUACUUUUCUCCCUCCGGGUUAUAAGAUCGAAGUGCAACGUAACGAUCAGGGUUACGCGUUCCAAGUGUCCGUUAGUAUGCCGAGUCCGACCGGAACUAUCAACUCGGGACCGCAAGAACAUCGUUCGGCUAUGAUUUUAAAAGGUUCAGGAACUAUAAAUGUGUCCGGUCAACAACCGCCUCCGGGUCCGCCGAGCUCCCAACCGCUGUCGUUUACUCAACACAUCCCGCCCGUCACACCUCAACCACCACCAGCACCACAACCUCAGCAACAACCGCCGAUGGUUCAUCACACCCCUUCUUACGGGGGUAACGGCGCUCCACCGCUCACUUACGGUUCUCUGUCGUUGUCUGCAGCUCAAGCGGCGGUUACUCACGCCCUCCAGGGGAACACGGACACGCCGCAGAAUCAACCAGUAGAAUUCAAUCACGCCAUCAAUUACGUUAACAAAAUUAAGAACCGCUUCCAAGGACAACCAGAGAAGUAUAAGAAAUUUUUGGAAAUCUUGCACACUUAUCAAAAGGAACAGCGCACAUUGAAGGAGUCAUCGAGCAUAUCUAGCGGCAUAAAACAUCUAACCGAGCAAGAAGUUUACAGUCAAGUAGCAAAACUUUUUGAAAAUCAAAGUGAUCUGUUGACAGAAUUCGGGCAGUUUUUACCAGAUGCCACCAGUCAUACCAACCAGGUGCCAGUUUCGGAACACUCAAACUCCGUCAAAAAACUUCCAGUGAAACCGUAUAACCGUGAUCAUAUGCUGGAAAGACAUGGCGUUCAACAUAAACCCAGUCAUAUCGCUGGGGGGCCAGUUAAAAGAUCCCCGCCAUAUUCCAGUUAUCAACAUCGAGAUCAACCGCCUCCUAAAAAACACAAGAUUUCUUCCACUUGCCGAGAUGUUAGUCUCAGCGAAGCUGGGAAGUAUGGAACACUCAAUGAUUAUGCUUUUUUUGAUAAGGUACGAAAGGCGGUUCGAUCCCAGGAAGUGUACAACAACUUCCUCCGCUGCCUGACGCUCUUCAAUCAAGAAAUAGUCUCGAAAUCGGAACUCAUACAAAUCGUCACUCCGUUUCUCGGUAAAUUUCCCGAGUUACUUCGCUGGUUUCGCGAAUUUAUGGGUCAGAACGAAACCGAAGCGGUACCGUUCAACGUCGCUCGUAACGAGAGACCGCAAGGUGAUCACGCAUUAGAAAUCGAUCUGGCAACAGCGAAAAGAUUGGGCGCCAGUUACUGCAUCAUUCCGAAAGCGCAAGAAGGACUCAAAUGUUCAGGAAGGACUCAACUGUGUAAAGAAGUAUUGAACGAUCAGUGGGUGUCGUUUCCUACGUGGUCAGAAGAUAGUACGUUCGUUAGUUCGCGUAAAACUCAAUAUGAAGAAUACAUGUAUCGUUGUGAAGACGAACGUUUCGAACUGGACGUCGUGAUCGAAGUAAACGCCUCUACUAUUAGGGUUUUGGAAGGUGUCAAUAAAAAAUUGAGCCGAAUGAAUCCAGACGACGUUGCCAAGUAUAAACUUGAUGAUUGUCUAGGCGGAAAUUCACCUACAUUGCAUCAAAGAGCUAUCAAAAGGAUUUACGGUGAUAAAGCACAAGAUAUAAUCGACGGCUUAAAAAGGAAUCCAGCGGUAGCCGUACCUGUAGUAUUAAGAAGGCUCAAAGCUAAAGAAGAAGAGUGGAGAGAAGCCCAAAAAGGUUUCAAUAAAAUUUGGAGGGAACAGAACGAAAAGUACUACCUUAAGAGUUUAGAUCAUCAAGGAAUAAAUUUCAAACAAACGGAUGUGAAGGCGUUACGUUCGAAAAGUUUGUUUAACGAGAUCGAGACAAUUUUCGACGAGAGGCAUGAACAAAACGAAGAAGGGGCCGAACCUAUCGUCGGUCCGCAUUUGGUAAUACAAUAUAAAGACCGUACUAUUUUAGACGAUGCAGCUAAUCUCCUUAUUCAUCACGUCAAAAGACAAACCGGUAUCCAAAAAGGAGAAAAAAGAAGAAUCAAACAUUUAUUAAGGCAGUUUGUACCCGAUUUGUUCUUUCAUCCAAGGCAACAACUUAGUGACGAUGAAAGAGAAGAUGAUGAUGAUAAGGACGAUUGUGAUGAUAGCCCAAGUAGUUCGCCGAAAUCUGAUAAGGAAGUGAAGAAAGAAGGACCGAGUCCUGGUAAAUCUCCCGGUAGGGGAGAUAUUAGUCCCAAUUCCGUAAAAAUGGAAACUGAUACUAAGGACGAAGAACAAAAAGCGCUUUUACACGUGCAAACCAGCGAUCCUGUAAGUGAUGAAGCUUACACUCUUUUUAUGGCGAAUAAUAACUGGUACGUCUUCCUCCGUUUACACGCCAUUUUAUGUGAACGUCUGGCGAAAAUUUAUGAAAGGGCCGUAGCAAUGGCCGCCGAAGAGGCAAAAGCCCGUUCGAAUCGCAAGGAAAGUACGGCGAUAGCACUCCGAUUAAAACCGAAACCUCAUAUCGAAAUCGAAGAUUACUAUCCCGCUUUUCUUGAUAUGGUGAAGAAUCUCCUCGAUGGUAAUAUGGAGGCCAAUACUUACGAAGAUACGUUACGAGAAAUGUUCGGUAUACAUGCUUACGUCGCAUUUACGUUGGACAAAGUCGUGUCGUAUGCGGUGCGGCAGUUACAACAUUGCGUUACCGAACGGACGGCCACGUCUUGUCAGGAUCUGUUUUUGAAGGAACAGAAAAAGGGAGCUGCCGGAGGAUCCUGCGCCACGGCAUACAAAAGGGUUCACCAAGAAUUAGCUUACCAGCGGGCGGCGGAAAAGAUUGUCCAAGAUGAGAAUUGUUUCAAGGUUUUUAUCUACAAGGAGGAUUGUCGUAUGACGAUCGAAUUACUCGACGCUGAAAAUGAAGAUGGUAAAAAAGUAGACGAUGGGAAGAAAUGGAAUGCGUAUAAAGAGCGUUAUGUUGACAUUACUUUGGACUCGAAACCUAGAUCGCCGGUAUAUUUGGACAGGAAUUUGAGGUUAUAUCAAAGGAGGGUAGCGAACAAUGUGUGUAAGAACAAACGACAAAUCAGAAAUCAUCAGUCCAACAGGGAGGAAGAAUCCAGUGAGGAAAAUAAAAAGAUGGAUACCGAGAAUUUCAAUAUUCUAGACGCCAUUGAGAGGAAAUUGAACGAAAGAACUGUACCGGAGAGAGAUCAGACGGAGCAUCCCGGUUAUGAGGUCAACGAUGAAACCGAAUGCAAAUUUAAUGUCCAAGAUUCCAAAAUUAUGUUUACUGUCAGAAAAGAUAGUUAUUUGUACAAUAUUAGUGCCUUCCACAAAGCGAGAAAGUCUCAUCCGCAUGUAACGAAGAAAAAAGCGGGUCGUUUUCGGCAGUGGUUAAAACAUUGGACCAGUGAGCACGUUAGUGACAUUCAAGUGAAGCAGUGCACGGACUGGUUAAUGGGUAGGUGCGAGGGCGUAGUGCCCAACAGGACGCGUGUAUUAAAUGAUAACGAUAUAAAUAGGACUCCUUAUGUGCCCUACAACAGAUACCGUGUUGAACGUUUGGCGUCAUCCAACGAUGCUUCUUCCAACGUUUGAAAAUCAAAAAAAAAAUUUAAAAAGUAUCGACCGUUUCCUGGAAUGUCCUAACUUUAUGGUAUAAAGUGGAAUUAUUAAAAAAAAAACGUUCAAUUUGAAAAAAAAUUGUACGAAAAUGGAAUUUUUGAAAUUAAUUAAUUCCACGAAGCGGUCCAGAAUAUUUUUUGCAAUUUCGUGUUAAUUUUUUUUUAUAUAUAUAUUUAAUUGUUGUUUGUUAGAAGACAUUUGAACCGGUUCCUUAUGCAGGUGUAAAAUUUUAUGUGGUGCUGUGGCGGGGCUACCAAUUUUCUUUUUCAGGUUUAAUUUUUUCAUUGUCUCGUCACUUGGAUCUCAUAGUGAGUGUUCAAAGCAACUCGUACAUCGAAUUGUAAACGUCAAUCGAAUUUUAUCAUCAUUAAAUGAUAUCUAACUACUGUAAAAGUUGAAUUUGCAUUUGCAUAUUUUGGUUACAACAGUCCUAUGAAAUUUUUGAGGUAUUUUAUGUACUUACACAAACAAAUUUGAAGGACUAGUUUUCCUACGUUUCAUGGAUAUUUUUUAAAGUUAUUUCCUCUUUUGACAAUUUUAACAGAGUCAAAAGACAGUCCCUAAUUCUUAAACUGUAACUAUUUUGAAAGAUUCUUUGACUUGCAUUUGAACUACUUUUUAAUGUUUAUCAUAUUUGCAUUUCGUUUCGGUUACAACAGGAAUUGAAACAAAUUGGAAGGAUAAAGGACUAGUAACCACAUUGGAUUGGAAUCCUCAAAAAAUUUGACUUAAAACUAUUUUAUAUUCACACUAAGUUCUAUCUGUCUAAAAAUUAUAUAUUCUAUAAAUAUUUUCCCUAUAUGACAAAUUGAAAUACGUAUAUUUUACUCUGUAUAUUCGAACUUUCGACUAAAUUUUAGCAAAAAAUUGAUCCUUUCAUCAAAUAAGUACAAAAAUUAAAUUUAUAUAACUAUGAGUGAGCUUUGACCACUUACUUUCGGUAAAAUCAAGAAACAUUUGUGUGAACCAACCCUAUUAUUUUAUAUGAAUUUCAAAGUAUUUUAUUAAUUUAUUGAUUUUUUUUUGUGAAAAGGCCCUCGCAGUGAUACAAUUUUUAUAUAUUUAUGUACCUAUUAAGUAUGAAAACUCUUUGUAAUUGUUUGUUCAAAUUUUGAUCAUUGAAUUGAAUCGAUAAUACAAAGUUUUUUUGUCUUUUGAUUAUAAUAUGCAAUUCAACAUCGACCGAUUAAAAUAUAUAUUUAAUUGAAUAAAUGAACAUAAAAAUUGAAAUUUCGUUUCUUUUAUCGCGUUUCCAUGAGAUAGAAACUUGAUAACCCAGAAUUAUGGUCCAAACGACAUACUUUUUGCUGUUUGUCGAAAAGUACUAUUAAACCAUUUGGACCAUAACUCUUUUAAAAGUAUAUACCUUCCAUAUCCGAUACAUUAAUCAAGUAUAUAAUGAUAUAUACUUGAAAAAAUUCUUCCAAAGAUCCAUAUCAAGUUAGCUCAUUGACCUUUAAGCAUUCUUACUGUUCUAUAGAUUUUUUUUCGCUAUAUAGAAGCUGUCUGCUUUGAAAUUUCCCUGUUAAACCCAAAUUUUCAUAAUAUGUUUAUUUACUCGAAGCAGAAUGUUGGUCGAUGUUGAUUUGUAGCCCGACUUGCAGCUGAGAGUGCAAUACUGUUUUGUGUGUUUAAUUUUUGAAGAAAAAAAAAUACAAACAUGAGAAUUGAAAACUAGUAUUUGAAAUAUGUUCUAAAUAUAUCAUUUGCUGUUUGGUAAGAUAAAAUUUCAACAGUGGCAUGUCAUUUAGUUAUCGGAAACGAAGAAAAAAACAAA